GACGUGGGGGCGACGACGAAGACGACGUACGCUACUCUCUCUCUCUCCCUAUUAUCGGCGGCGCCGUCGAUCACCAAGCACACGCGUGUUCGCGAGAGAUGAGCAUUCGUUAGUUUCCUCCGUAAUAAAUAAAGAGGCUCCGAGAGGGGACGAAGAAGAUGUCGAGGACCGCUGACAGACAGAGCUACGCGCAAACUUACAAGCUCGUCGUCGUCGGUGGCGGCGGUGUCGGGAAAUCGGCAAUCACGAUACAAUUCAUUCAAAGUUAUUUUGUGACCGAUUAUGAUCCAACAAUCGAAGAUUCUUAUACAAAGCAGUGCGUUAUUGACGAUGUGCCAGCUAAACUCGACAUAUUGGACACCGCUGGCCAAGAAGAAUUCAGCGCGAUGCGAGAACAAUACAUGAGGAGCGGCGAAGGAUUCCUUCUAGUAUUCGCAGUCACCGAUCAUUCUUCUUUCGAUGAGAUAUUGAAGUUCCAUAAACAGAUACUUCGGGUGAAAGAUCGAGACGAAUUUCCUAUGCUGAUGGUUGGAAACAAAGCAGAUUUGGACCACCAACGAAGCGUAUCAGUCGAAGAGGCGCAAAAUAUAGCACGUCAAUUAAAAAUUCCAUACAUCGAAUGCAGUGCCAAGUUACGGAUGAAUGUUGAUCAAGCCUUUCAUGAAUUGGUGAGAAUCGUCAGAAAGUUUCAAUUGUCAGAACGACCACCACUGAAACCAAAUUACAAGAAGAAUAAGAAGAAAUGUUGCGUGCUGUAAUAAAGAAAUUAUCUUGACAGAUGAUUUCAUACUAAUUGGAUGGGGGAGUUCUAAUUCCAGUUAGAAAGAAUGGUAAAUUUAAAAUGGCAGAGAGAUAUGAAUUUUUAUAAUGUACUUUGUCGACGACUUUUUACACUUUUUACACAUGAUUCAUCAUAUAAUCAAUAUAUAUGUGAACAUUAAAACAAUCGCCAAAUAUCGAAUAUAUACAAGAAAACUUAAGCACAAAAUAAUCAAAUCACAUGUAAGUUGUAAGAUAUUUAAAUUCUUUUAACUUUAUUAUGUUUUUUAAUUAGUAAUUUAUAAAGUUCAAUAGAAAGAGUAUUUUUUUCUAUAUAGCAAUUUUUUCAUUGCACAAAUAGAAGCAAUAUCCCAGUGACAAAGAAACAACUUUUUUAAAUUAAUAGAAACUGUCUACAUUCAACUAUUUUAUAGGUUGCAACAGAUUAAAAUUUUAUUUAUUUUCAUUAUUAUGUGUAGUAACAAAAGUUGAAUUUAUUGGAAACAAUCGUACAUGUCAAAUGUUGUAGAAUCUUUUUAUAAUAUAACUGAAAUUUGUUUAUGUUAGAUCUUAAUAAUUUGAUACAUUUGACAUUAACAAUUUUGUACAUAGUAGUAAAUAUGAUUAUUCUGAAAAAAACAAAGCAACACAAAUUUUAUUCUGUAAUGAUAGAAGUUUCUAAUAUAUGCUUCCAUGACCAAUAUUUGAAAAUAUAUAUGGGAUAUAAAUAUAUAGGAUUCAUACUGAACGUAAGAUAUAUUUUAUACUAAAAUAUAGGAUUUCUUCUUUGAAGUUCUCAUUUUUACGAAAUGCUCUUGUACGAGAUUUGUCGAAACACUUAAUUUCAA